AUGGUGGUGUACAGUGUUGAGACUGGCUGCAGCCUGCUGCACUCACACUCAGCAGCUCCCAUUGAACAGCAGUGGACACAGCAACACAGGCAGACCCACUGGAAGAACAAGGCUGGUUUUUUGGGGCUGGAGCCUCUGACUCUGCAGACAGACAUGUUACCAAAGACACGUCUGGGGAAGCGUUCUCCUUUUGGGGCGUUGGUGGGGAGCUCCUCCUGCCCUCCGGCGGGACCGGGCCAGGAGACGGGUGAGACCGCCGUCACCAUGGCAACGGCAGCAGGGCAACAGGCCGUCGGCAGAGUCAAAGGUCACCCCGGGCUGAAGGUGUAUUUUCAGUGCGAGGGGACAGGAAGUGAGUGUUCGGGCGCGGGGGAUCUGCCGAGUGACCUUCCUGUCUGGUCUUCAUCUGGUCCAUCCUCCUCUUCGUCUCCUUCCUGCAUCAGAUCUGUCUCCUCCUGCAUCGACGUACCAAGAAGGCGCCGGAGCCCGGGGGAGGUGGAGAUGGACGAGCUGAUGGCCGCCAUGGUUCUCAGCAGCUUGUCAUGCAGCCCGCUGCUGCACAGCCCCCCCCACCCAGACCCCACAGGUAACAGCAACACAACAGCUCCUCCGAUGGACUGCAGUGGCGGCCUGCUCUCCGACAGCGGCAGCAGCGGCUACUGGAGCGUUGGCCACGGCAGCGGAAGCCCCGCCCCCUCUCCACCAAUUGCAGAGGCCGAGGCCGGCCUGGCCCCGCCCCCUGACGAAGGACUGGACAUGGAGCUGGAGCAGGUGUUGUUCGACGAGCCAGCGCCACGGAAACGCAGGAACUCGGUGAAGACGGCGUUCAGGUGUCUGUGGCCGAGCUGUGGGAAGGUGCUGACGUCUGUGGUCGGGAUGAAACGCCACAUCAGGACAACUCACCUGUGCCGCGGCGGCGAACACGAGCGUUGUUCCCGCAGCGAGGAGGACUUCUACUACACCGAGAUUACCCAGAGGGCCGAGCAGCAGCAGCAGCUGUCUCCGCCUCGUGCUGCCACCACCCCCCCCUCCAUCUCCCCCCUCCCCCCCUCAAUCCCCCCACCCCCCGCCUGCAGCGCCCUGAGUCGCUCCGCCCCCUCGGCCCCCGCCAGUUUCACACAGGUCCAAUCAGAUCACUCCUACCAGGCUCCGCCCCUCAGUGACAGUGACGUGGAAACAUUGACCACGCCCACCUGUCGCUGGACGGCCCCUCCCCCCAGCUGCCCUCGACAGGGUCUGCCGUUCCGGGUGCGUUCGGUAAGCGUAGGCGAGCAGUGGCUGCAGCAUCAGAGCGCCCCCUGCAGGAGGAUUCGUGGCGAGGCCAAGAAGUGCCGCAAAGUCUACGGCAUCGAGCACAGAGACCAGUGGUGCACGGCGUGCCGCUGGAAGAAAGCCUGCCAACGCUUCCACGACUGAACGAGAGAAGGAACGAGAGAAGGAACGAGAGAAGGAACGGUAGCAGGAGGAGGUAAAGGACCGGAAGAAACGGGAAAGGACUGAAGCCGGCUGUAACUUCCAGCUUCACCUGGUGGAUCUUUUUUACCUUCCUGUGUCUGAAAUUGGAACUAUUUUUUUUUUUUUUUUUUUUUUUAUACUCUUUCUACAUUUGCUAGAUUUGUCUUUUUUUAAAUGUGUCUUUUCCAAAUGUAUUUUGUAGAUGUUGUGUCCUGUCGGUGCUUUUUCUAAGAACAUGUUGGGGCAGCUAUGAUGUGACCAGCUACGAGUUUUUUUGCGUCCAGCCAACUCUCCUCAGGUGUUCUUAACGGAAAAAAAAAACAGCCUCUGCGUCAGGAUCAACAAUUAUUUCAAUUUAUUAGCCGGUUUAUGUAAAUGUUAAGUUACCACUACCAGAUAGGACAAAAUAACAGUGUUCCCUUUUAAGGCUAUGUUUCCACUUUCUUUUUACACAUUACAUGACAUGUCCUUUUAGCUGACGGUUUUAUCCGAAGCGACUUACAAUUGCUAUAUGUGUCAGAGAUCUAGGGGUUAAGUGUCUUGCUCAGGGACACAUUGGUUGAUGAA